AUGGACGCUUCUGCCGAGGACGCUCCCUCAGCGUUCUUCGCGCCCGAACUUUUCCAGCCUAGCGAUGAUGCGCCGCAUCCUCAAGAUGUCCUUCCCCCAAGCGUGCAAAACGAUGACACUCCGAUGGAUGAUGUCUCCCUCUUUAAGGAGAGCGAGCAUCUGGACGGCUUCGAUGGGUCAAAUGAUGAAGAUCAUAUCAAGGAGGAGGCAAUGGACAUGGGCUAUCCUCCCUUGGACGAGGAGUCACAUAUUGCGGUCGAUUCUUCCCUCAUCGAUAUGGUAGAAGAAAGUCUUUACAGCGAAGACGCUCCCACGAAAACGACGCCGGACAAGGGUCAGAAACAACGAAAACAUCCUGGCAAGUCGAGGAAGACUGAUCCAGGCGCUCCACCUCGCUCAUCGAUUCACUCGUCCAAGAACGAAGGCCAGCACACAGAUCGCAGAUAUUUGUGCUACUUGUGCAAUAAACUUUUCACAAGACGCCGGUCUGUGAGAGAUCACAUUUCGAAGAUACACAACACCAAAACUUGGGAGCCGUUGCGCAGCUUGGAAAUCAUUGUCGAGCCUACAACUGGAGAGCCUAUCGAAUCACUCGAGGAAAUCAUCGCUCGAGGUCCGCCUCCUCCCCCUUCCAAGUCAAGAAAGGCGGAAAAAGCUCAGAGGGCAUCAAAACGGGAAGAAGAAGAGGACGAGGAGGAGCUCGGCCCGGGAGAUAUUGGCGAGGAAGAAGAGGCACCAGAUGAUCAGCAAGAUGAUGAUUUAUUCGGGGCACAUCCUGUGGUGGACUCGUCGCUAGUACCCGUCAGUACCGUCGCAGCUUUGAAGCGGGCGCCAUCCAUCGCAGGGUCAAGAGCAUCGUCCACGGAACCGUUUGCCACUCCAGCACCCAUCGCGGGAAGAAAGCGACCGGCCCCUGAUGACUCUGGAAAACACCUUUCCGCAGCAGCUAGGAAGAAAGGCACAGCCAAGGUCAAAAGCACGUCGAAUAAGAGGGCGAAACUCAAUGAGUCCGAGCAAAGCCCACCUGCGGCAAGGUCGAGUUUCCGCUCUCCCAGUGCCACGCCCAGCACGAACCACCUCAAGCUGGGCCCCUCGAAACUGAAAACCCAAACUUCGGCUGCCAGUGUAAAGUCAUCACCCACACCCGCUUCUUCCCGAGCGGCAUCGCGAGACAUUGGCUCUCCGUCACCUUCAAUUGCAGAUACGGCGUCCAGCUCAAACGAUGACGGUGAGGUAUUCUGCAUCUGCCGGAAAGGAGAUAACCACACAUGGAUGAUCGCUUGUGAUGGUGGUUGCGACGAGUGGUUCCAUGGGAAUUGUGUGAAUAUCAAGGAACGAGACGGCGAAUUGAUCGACAAGUACAUUUGCCCUUCUUGUACGAAGCCUGGCCUGCAGACCACGUGGAAGCGAAUGUGCCGACGCAAAGAUUGCAGGAAACCUGCGCGUGUCACCCAGGUCCCGCCCAGCAAAUACUGCUCCGAUGCCUGUGGGCGCAUGUUCUUUGUGGAGCUGGUGCAGAGAGGCGACCCUCAGGCCCAGAUCAGUAAGGAUGGUCAGUAUGUCAUAGAAGGACCACCUCUCAAAAAACACCGGAAGAAGCAGAAGACGAAAGAGAAACCUGCGAAGCCGCCCCUCAACCUUGUCAAUGGUGUAGAUCCUGACAGUCGACUCGCGACACCAGCAUAUAGCGACGACGAAAGGACAGAAUAUGAGACCGACAGCAGUCUCGACGAUGAUAUGCUUCCCAACCGAGGCUCUGCAUUGCGAGCUGGCGAGAUCAAAGCCCUGGUCGAGAAAUGCAAGGAUAUUGAGCAACUAAAGGCCUUGGGCAGGAAACCUGACACCCCACCCCGCGACAUUGAGAUGACGGGAACGGAGUCAAAGCCAACACUCCCAGAUUUGGAAUACGAUGACCUGGAGACGACCAAAAUGGCCAAUAUUAUAGCAGAGAAACAACGACUAAAGGUGCGGUAUGACAUGCUUGUCGCGCGAGAAAAGUUCUUGGAGCUAGUCAAAACACGAUCAUCGACCAUUGUCGACGAAGCUCGAAAGACACACCCGAAGAUGAAAGAUUUUUGUGGAUUCGAUCCCAGGAUGGCGUGGUCUGACGAGGAGUUUAUGAUAUGGUAUGACCAAAACGGCGGGCGGGCAAUCAUCGACGCUGGAGCGGACGCGAGGAUCGGUCCGCCUGAAGAGAUAGCCACUGAUGACGGAAAUACUAAACUCCCCAAUGGCGUCGCUCAGCACAACCCAAGUCCAGUCGAAGAUGGGGAAGAACAGGAAACUGACAACAUGCCGAGAAAGGGCGGCGUCUGUAUUAGGAAUCGAUGUCCUCGACAUCGAAAUUGGGCCAAGGGACAGCUUGCCGAAAUGCGUUUCGAACAAGAUCUUGUCAGAAGGUCAAUCCAGAGGCUCGAGGUACAGGAAGGGGAAAUCAGGGACAGGGCGGUUGUCAGGGCUUGGGAGAAGAGAGGAUGA